UGGGUGGCUCUGCGUUUGUUUCCCCAGCGGGUAACUGAUAAUCAAAGGAGAAUCAAAGGUCCAAAGGCAAGAAAUGUCAAAAACAAACCCGUGUUCCAAUAUCCUAGCAUAAAAGCUAAACAAAACACACGGGGUUUCAGGAUUUGCAAUAGUUUUGAAUAUACAGUUUGAUGGCUGGUGGUGUGAAAAAAUACCCUCUCUUCUUCACAAUCUUCGUUCCAGAGCAACACUCUCAAACUAUGAAAGUUCCAAAGGAGUUUUUGAAGAAAUUGAAUGAAGACUUGUCGAGUAAUGAAGUUCUCAGUAGCUCUUCUUCUGGUGACAAGUGGCAAGUAAGUGUUCUAAAGAAAGGAAACGAAGUGUAUAUGCAAAAUGGUUGGCCUAAGUUUGUGACAGAUAAUUCAAUUGUGCUUCAUGAUGUACUGCUUUUUACAUAUCAUGGAGAGAACUGUUUCCAUGUUCAAAUUUUUGAUAAGAAUGGAGUGGAGAGGUUAUGCCUCAAAGAAACAACACAAGAAAAAAAAGAUAUGCCUUGCAGAAACAAAGGCUUUAUUUUUACUGGUAGUGAGACAAUGAAAACAGGGCAAAAACAAACUGCCACCCCAAGUUUGGCAAGGACAAAGAAGAAAAAAGAAAGACAUUUUUCUCCUGGAAAGUCUCAUCAAGAAGACUUGUCUCUUCCUAAGGACUUCCCUGCUCCUCAGCAUUCAGUUGAAAUUGAAAGUUCAGAAGCAUUGAAAUUGGCCGAGUCCUUUACCUCUAGCAAACCUUACUGGAAGCACCUCAUGACAAAAUGUCAUGUGGAAGGUCGUUGCAUAUUGCCUAUUGCUACUAAGUUUGCCAGAAAGUAUAUUCCUGAAGAAGUGAAACAGAUCCAUAUUGGAAAUUCCGAAGGAACACUUUGGAAAGUUCAUGUGAGUUGGUCUAAAGGUUAUGCUCACUUCAGUACAGGAUGGGCAAAUUUGGUUCGUGAUAACAAGCUCAUGAGAGGUGACACUUGCAUAUUUGAACUUGAAGAAAACCUUCAUUUGAGGGUUCACAUAUUCAGAACCAGAUGUGCACCAAGUUAAUCUGGAUCCACUGAUUUUAACAAACCUGAGCUUUAUUCCAAAUGUCUAAUUCUGCAUUGGAUUAUCUUCAGUUUAUCAUCAUUAUCGUUGUGUGAAACUACUUCCUUUUUAUUAUGUUAUUCAUGAUGGAUUCUUAGUAGUUUUAUUAUCUCUCAAUCUCAACGUUAAUAUAUAUCUUCUUUUCUCAA